CCAACAUAUACCCAGACGUGGCAGCACCAUUCAAUCUAUCACAACAACGACCACCACCGCUUGAUUCCAGUAAUACUUCCGUCCUCACCACAGUCUUGCGCCUAGUCUUCUACACGGCUGAGCCCGUCCUCACUGAUCGUUCAGUUUGAUUCCUCGAGCGUCGAAGAAGGGGCCAGCUCUCGAUGUCAGCGUGCUCGGCAACAAUACACGCCCCGCUACCGCUACCUCGAAUCGCAUCGUUAACCAGCACUUGAUCUCCCUGCCCAGAGCGAAUUACAGAGACACAGUCGUUCAAGAUGAAGUUGGACGUAAAGAGGCAGCUCUUUGCCCGGAGCGAGCGUGUAAAGGGCAUCGACUUCCACCCCACCGAGCCAUGGAUUCUCACAACCCUUUACAGCGGCCAUGUCUACAUAUGGAGCUACGAGACACAGACUACCGUGAAGUCAUUUGAGCUAACGGACGUUCCCGUGCGAGCUGGUCGCUUCAUUGCGAGGAAGAACUGGAUAGUCUGCGGCAGUGAUGACUUCCAGCUUCGGGUCCACAACUACAACACAUCGGAGAAGGUCGCGAGCUUCGAGGCGCACCCCGACUACAUCCGAGCGAUCUGCGUUCAUCCUACGCAGCCUUUCGUGUUGACGGCCAGCGACGACAUGACGAUCAAACUGUGGAACUGGGAGAUGGGCUGGAAGUGCCAGCAGACCUUUGAGGGACACUCGCACUAUGUCAUGUUCCUGGCGAUUAACCCGAAAGAUACCAACACAUUUGCAUCCGCAUGUCUGGACAGGACGGUCAAGAUCUGGUCACUCGGGUCCUCGACAGCAAAUUUUACUCUCGAAGCACAUGAGCAAAAGGGCGUCAACUACGUUGACUACUAUCCUCAUUCCGACAAGCCAUAUUUGUUGACGACGAGUGAUGACCGCACAGUCAAGAUCUGGGACUACACUACCAAGUCUCUAAUCGCUACUCUCGAAGGCCACACCAACAACGUGAGCUUUGCUUGCUACCACCCCGAACUCCCUGUCAUCAUUUCGGGAUCAGAAGACGGCACCUUGAGGAUAUGGCACGCUUCCACCUAUCGCUUCGAGCAGAGUCUCAACUACGGCCUCGAGCGUGCUUGGUGUGUGAGCUAUCAAAAGGGCAAGCAGGGGAUUGCGGUUGGAUACGACGAGGGGUCCGUGGUUGUCAAACUGGGUCGCGAGGAGCCCGCGGUGUCCAUGGAUGGAUCCGGCAAGCUGAUCUGGGCGAAGCACAACGAAGUCGUGUCGGCCAUCAUCAAAGGCGGCGAGGCGACCAAGGACAACACACCUAUUCACCUCACCACCAAGGAUCUUGGCAGCUGUGAGGUGUACCCUUCCACGCUCUCACAUUCGGCAAACGGUCGAUUCGUGGCGGUAUGCGGCGAUGGCGAGUUCAUCGUGUACACUGCCCUGGCCUGGCGCAACAAGCAGUUUGGUUCCGCGUUGGACUUCGUCUGGGCAUCGAAGGAGAACUCGAACGACUUUGCCAUCCGGGAAUCUGCGACAAGCGUCAAGGUAUACAAAAAUUUUGUCGAGAAGCAGGGCGGCUUGGACGUCGGAUUCCCGGCGGACGGCCUGGCUGGCGGCGUUCUGCUUGGUGUGAAGGGUCAGGGAGGAAUCAGCUUCUUUGACUGGGCCACCGGCGGCUUGGUGAGACGCAUUGAGGUUGAGCCGCGUCAGGUCUAUUGGAGCGAGAGCGGUGAGCUCGUUGCUUUAGCCUGCGAGGACACGUGCUACAUCCUCCGCUUCAGCCGCGAAGCAUAUCAAGAGGGUGUGCAGGCUGGACAAGUCGAUGACGACGGCGUCGAGGCAGCUUUUGAGGUCAUUACCGACAUCAGCGAGGGGGUGAGGACUGGAGAGUGGGUUGGGGACUGUUUCCUGUACACCAACUCCACGAACCGCCUGAACUACCUCGUUGGCGACCAGACGUACACCGUCUCCCACUUCGACCAGCCCAUGUACAUUCUCGGCUAUAUCCAGCGCGACUCUCGGAUUUAUCUCAGCGACAAGGAUGUGGCCGUGACAUCCUUUGCGCUCUCCCUCCCCGUCCUUGAGUACCAGACCCUCGUGCUCCGGGAUGAGCUCGAAGCCGCCUCAGAGCUGCUGCCUUCGGUCCCAGAGGGCGAGCUCAACAAAGUUGCUCGCUUCCUGGACGGACAAGGUCACAAGGAGCUCGCCUUGGAGGUUGCUACAGACCCAGAACACAAGUUCGAACUUGCCCUUGCCUUGAACCGUCUGGAUAUUGCUCUUGAGCUUGCCAAGGAGGCCAAUGUCGAGCACCGAUGGAAGACUGUCGGCGAUACCGCCCUCGCAGCUUGGGAUGUCAGCCUCGCCGCCGAGUGCUUCACACAUGCAAAUGACCUCGGCUCGCUCCUCCUCCUGUACUCGUCUACCGCUGAUCGAGAAGGUCUGGCCAGCCUGGCAGGAAAGGCUGAAGAGGCUGGCGUUCACAACAUCGCAUUCUCGAGCAAGUGGCUUCUGGGCGAUGUGGACGGCUGCGUGGAGACACUCACAAAGACAGGUCGCCUGGCCGAGGCUGUUCUGUUUUCUCAAACAUAUAAGCCCAGCUCGACAAUUGAGGUUGUCAAGCAAUGGAAGGAGUCGCUCGAGAAAAACAAAAAGGGUCGCGUCGCCAAGAUGAUUGGCCUUCCCGGUGCAGAGGGCGACGAGGAUCUCUUCCCUGAGUGGGAUGAGUGGCUGAGGCUAGAAAAGGAGGGUGUCACUCCUGCCGCGGCUGAGAAUGGUGCUGCCGAAGAGGAAGGAGAAGCUGAAGAUGGCGAAGAAGAGAAUGGAGAGGAGGAGGCCGAGGAUGAGGAAGAGUAGUGUUUGGUUUUGUCCGUGGGGGCCUGAACGUCAGCCCGACAACGUCUAAGGGUUCUUGGUAUGUGGCCGAGUACGGAUAGCUUUUAGAGGAGUUUCUCUCGCGGGGGGCAGCAAGGCAUGCUGAGGGGGAAAAUGUUGGAGCCGGCCUGGGGUGUUGAUAGAAAAGUCGCUGAGGCACUCCGCCCAUAUACAAAUUUCUAACGUUUCUCUGUAUGCUG